UUUUUUUUUUUAAUUUCUUUUUUUGGGGGGAAAUGGAGGGAAUUGCAUAGGGCCGCCCAAGAAAAACCGCCACUCUUAAAAAGCUGCAGAGAGAGAGAGAGUAAAAUGGAGGGAAGUUUUGGACUUGUCGUGGCGCGCUUCUCUCUCUCUCUCUUCUCUCUCUUCUCUGUCUCUCUGCAACUCUGCGUGUCGUGGGAGGAGAAGGAAGGGAAGGGGCGAGUUUACCUCUGCAAUGGCGACCCAGGAGCUGACCGAGUACGAGCGCAAGAGGCUCGAGAACAUCAGGCGGAACGACCAGAUGAUGGCCGCCCACUCCAAGCUCCACUCCAUCGCCUCCCAUCUCUCCUCUUCCUCCAAGCGCCAAAAGAUCGAGAGCAAGGCCAGGACCUCCGCGGCCAAGACGUACAGAAAGCCUAAGGACGAGGCGCCGCUCGUCAUCCGGCGCUCCCUCCGCACCAGAGGGAUGCCGCCGGACUCCGCCGGCCUCGAGGGCGACUUCGACGAAGCCGCCGCCCCCCUGGAGCCCUAGAGUCGAAGCCCGAGUUCUCGCCCCGGAAGUUGGGGCCUUUCUCGAUGGGCGACGCGUACGACGGUUCGCGGUCCGGGGACGCGUUCGUUCGGGCCGUGCGGCAGGUCUCGAAGAAACCCGAGAUGGCGGGUUCGGCGGGAGAGGAAAGUGGUGGAGUUGAGGGGUGUGAAGACGAGAUUUUGAGAGAUUCGGUCGCGGGUGUGAACGAACGCUCGAUGGGUUGUGGAGACAUCAAGACCGAGGAUUCAUCGGAGGUCGUUAGUACAGUGAAAAUGGAGGACUCUUCGGGUUAUGGAAUGAAGAGAGAAGGUGUCGAUGAUUCCUUGAAGUUCGUUAGUUCUUUGACACUGGAAGAGGAGAAUGUAGCUAGAGUCGUUCCUGGAAGGGCAAUGGUGGUGAAAUUCUUCCCUACCACCGAAAUGAGAAUGGUGGCUGUCGGAAACAAGUAUGGAAAUGUUGGGUUUUGGAAUAUGAAUCCCAAGGAAGAGGAGGGAGAUGGAAUAUACUUGUACCGCCCACAUUCCGGUCCAAUUGGAGGGAUUUCAAUCCAACCACAUAACAUUGGAAAGAUUUUAACCUGCUGCUAUAAUGGAUUUGUCCGCAUGAUGGAUGUCGAGAAAGAGAUAUUUGAUUUGGUACAUGCAAGUGAUGAUGCUAUCUUUUCUCUCUCUCAACGACCCAAUGAUGGAAGCUGCUUGUAUUUUGGUGAGGGUCGUGGUGGAUUAAAUAUCUGGGAUCUGCGGGUUGGAAAAUCCACUGCUUUUUGGGCUCUGCAUGAAGAUAGAAUCAACACCAUCGACUUUAAAUCGCAAGAUUGCUUUGUCUUUGCAACAAGCUCUUCAGAAGGCACUGCUCGUAUUUGGGAUUUGAGGAGAAUGGGUUCAAAGAGUCUAAAGGUUAUUGAACAUGAAAGGGCUGUGCAUUCUGCUUAUUUUUCUCCUUCUGGUAGCUGCCUUGCAACGACAAGUUUUGACAACACAAUAUGUAUAGCAAGUGGGGACAAUUUUGAGAAGACUUCUCACAUCUCCCACAAUAACCAGACGAGUAGAUGGAUCUCCUCUUUCAGAGCAAUUUGGGGCUGGGAUGAUUCAUAUAUCUUCAUUGGCAAUACGAAGAGAGCUGUUGAUGUUGUCUCUACGACGCAAAGAAAAACUGUCAUGAGUUUGCAGAGUCCAUACAUGUCUGCAAUCCCAUGCAGGUUUGAUGCACAUCUGCUUGAGGUUGGGGUGCUUGCGGGAGCUACUGGUGGUGGUCAGGUUUAUACCUGGACAUCUCCGUAGGUGGCAAAUUACUACAAUCCUCGUCAGUUUGUCCAGUUAAGAUCUGGUGCAUUACUUGUAAAAUGUCACAGUUUUCGUGAUUUGGCUGUUGACAAUUUUUUGGCACUAGAAGGCUCUGUUUGUCUGUCUCACUCCCUCUGGGAGUCUGGUUUUGCUCAAAUGUGUUCCGAGCCUUGCCAGCUUGACUCUGCGUAAGUCAAUGAGAAAUGUAUUUUCAAUGGCCAUCCUCAGAAUGGUAUGUAGGGAAGCUUUUGGUUUUGCCAACGUACUGCAUGUAAGUUCUAUGCCUUGGAGAGGCCUAGUGGAAUGUUGAAUUCAAUCUUCGUGCAGUCAA